AGCCCCGCCUCCACUGAACACAAAUCAUCAGAAAUCAUAUAAAUAUAUAUAGAAACAUAUAUUCAUAUCUCGCGUUCAGUCGUAGAUCUGCUGAUAGAGAAGAGGAGGAGGAGGAUGAUGAGUGAACGCGUCGCCUUCAUCACGCGCGUCUGCAGCUUCAGCGCCUGCCACAGACUACACAGUAAAUGUUUGAGUGAUGAUGAGAAUAAGAGAACGUUUGGGAAAUGCAACAAUCCUAAUGGUCAUGGCCAUAACUAUACAGUUGAAGUGACGGUUCGUGGAAAGAUUGACAAGGACACAGGAAUGGUGAUGAACCUCACUGAUCUGAAGGAGUUUAUUGAGGAGGCCGUCAUGAAGCCUCUUGACCAUAAAAAUCUGGACCUGGAUGUGCCGUAUUUCACAGAUGUUGUCAGCACCACAGAGAACCUGUCAGUGUUCAUCUGGGACGGCCUGCAGAAGCUGCUGCCUCACGACAGCCUGUACGAGAUCAAAGUCUACGAGACGGCCAAAAACAUCGUGGUCUACAGAGGAGAAUAGACUCAAGUGUGUGUGUGUGUAUGUUUGCAGAAAGUGUAUUAAAGCGAGAGCGGCACCUGCUGCGCCCACAUCUGAACAACAACAACAGCAGAUUAAUGCAGGACAAGAAGCUCACACUGAUCCUAUUACACACACACACACACACACGCACACACA